GCUCUUCUCUCCGUUCUACUUUGGGGAUGCUGACCUUUCUUCAGGCCCUCCGCGAGCAGUGCAUCAUCGCAUAAGCUGCCCGGCACAUUGUGAAUAUGUGAAUAUCAGCUUCCGACGACGACGCUGUACAUGCGGCUCGACCACUCCCCCCUCUGUGUGCAUACGGCUCGGUGCUAUGUACAUACAGACCACCCUACCUCCCGGCCUUAUUCAACGACCCGGCCACCCUCGUGCUGUCUUAUACCUCUGCUCUCUACUUACGACCUCAGGCCCUCGACGCGAACCAGGCGCGACGCGGACUGUAAUGACUCCAACCGCUGGAUUCCACAGCGAGGCUUGUCGCGCGUUACCGACAUUUGUACUAUACCCCUGGACACGACACGCGGAGACGUGUACAUACUGGUGGAGAUACAUACAUAGUAAGCAACGUGUAUUUGUAGUGUAGAUACCCAUGGUUGAGAAGAAUACGAUGACGUUCAUCUAGUGAAGGACGAGUGAAGCUCACCACGAAGGCUGCCCUCGCCGUCUCGCC